AUGACUCAUAAAGGCGAAUGCUAUAGCCAUGUGGGGGAUGGUCACUCUUCAACUCCUUCACGUCCGGCUGAGUCUCCACUACCAGAUGUCUCUCCGACUGGCCGACAGAUCUCAUCAGGUCCAAUUAAACUAACAAAGUCGCAUAUUUUCACUUCAGAUAAUACUAGCGUUUUUACGUCUCCAACUCAAGUAGAAAAUGAAUCGUCCCUCAAAGUCUCUGUUUUCAAUGCCUUUCCCAUCCAAGCCUCCGAGGUUGCCCCUCGAUUUGAGCAGACGCAAUUGGGUCCCCGGCUUGGCAGACCCACCAGCUCAUGCUCUACCAUCAUACCUCCCUGUGGUUCAGCAUCAGAUACCUCUGAAGCCGCCCUCAUAUCAGUCAAUAUUAGUGAUGUAAGCGUCGUUCCUUCGUCCAACGCCUUCGAGACGGACUCAGAAAUUGUAACCAGUGCAGACUUUUCUAGAGUCAAGGGAGAACUAGUUUCAUCUCAGGCUGAAGACCACCUUCAUUCCUCUGCCGAUUUGCAAGAACCACUUCAAUUAACUGCAUUUGGUCUCCACGAAAUGCAUAUGGUGCCUUUCACGCCGGCUCCUGAACAAGAAUCUAUUAUUCAUCAUCAGACUUCCGUCCCGAUGACUAGUAAAAACACUUUAAACACAACAACUAGCAGCAGUGGCAUAUUUUUAUCAACCUGUCCAGACAGGCUGUCUGAACUGUCUCUGGGCUCGGCGGCAAAAAGUCUCUUCUCCGAUGCUAGUUCUCAAUUACGAAGUCCCUUAACCAUUUGGCCCUACAAGAACGAGCUUGACACCUUUUUGCCGAUGGAUCACGAAAAAGAGACACAGAAUUUGUUAUCUUCUUUACCAUCCCAGAAACCUGUUGACUUAUCGCGUCUAUCAACCAUUCUAGAAAGUGAUCAUCCCAAGAAACCGUUGUACAGUAAGGCCAAGGUUGGUGUCAAUUCCAUUACUGAAUAUAAACAAGGAAGCAUUCAAUGCUGCCCAGAAGGGACCUCAUCAGACACAACUACAGAGCACACCUUCGACGUCUCGGUUGGCCGAUUGAUUCUCGCUUUUUGUGAGUCCUCUCUUAUCGGCAUUGGUGGAGAUCGAGUCGGGACUGGAAUAAGUCGUAGUCCCGAAGAGGCGAAGCAGAUUGACCACCUUUCGACCCGGCUCAAAGAGCUGAUUGGCCGGCCCGGAGUUAGUCUCGUCUCAAUUUCCCAUAUCGAAUUCGACCUAUUGGAUCGUCUCACUGAUCAGGAUACUUCUCAUUUCGCCAGGGUUCUUUCCAAGUCCCUUCAGCCGAAUCGGCCUACCAAAGCAGCAGUUGUGCCAGAAAAUACGACGCCACCUCGUCUGGAUGCCUCGGUUGUACUUAUUUUGCAUGAGGCCUUGGAGGCAGCUCACAAGACUGGUAAGGCUGUUCUGGAGGCCUCUGCGAUCAGUCAGUUGGCUAGGCUUAUCAAAUUGCACUUACAAACUGACACGCUAGAAGACUUAAAGACUGAUACCCUUCAUCGUCUAUUUAACGGUGCCGAGGCUGAGGGGAGCAUAUUGUUUGAAAAGCAAGCCUUGCUUCAGUUGGGUAACUAUCUGAGACGCAGUGCUUUGACAAAACUAAGUGAAUACGAGCUGGUAGAAAGUACUACUUGCAAGCAUUUUCAGGCUGCACAAAUGCCACAAAAUAAGCUUUUGCCCGAAGAAGUGGGCUACUGGGUCAAGAUUUUGAAGCAUUGCUAUUGGCCAGACUUCGAAGACUUCGAGGCUAGUCAGUACGGCACCUCAACGACUGGCAACUCCUCUGAAUUAGAGAGCAAACUGCCAACUGGCGAAGAAAAGCAGAAAGUUCCGACUCAACUUAAGUCCUCCAUUAUUGUUUGCCAUGGCGCUAAAAAACCAGAAUUUUUGGCUUGUCUUAAUCUUUGCUCCACACUAUCGCGUUCGCCACAUGAACUCAUCUUUCAAUCUAGGCAAGAAGUUGUCUCCUUCCAGCGUUGCCUGGCUCGUCUUUAUGCUCACGUGGCCCGAAAAGACCACUUCGCCUACGAAGUCUACGCAUUGGAAACAGAGUUUGCAACUUGGGCCAAGCACUCUUUACUCCCUGGCGCUCCCAGCGGCCUCAAGGAUAGGCUGCGUAAGACGAUUGAUGAUGUUUGUACGUCGCUGGUUGUCGAGGCUAAGCUAGCUGCGCCAGAUCUGGCUCUGAUAGAGACCGUCUUGCAGUCGCGCCAGAUCAGAACGGAUCAAGUAACUGAGGUUUCGGACGCCUUGAGCCUGGCCCUCGUUCUGGCCCUACUAAGACGUCCUGGAAUUCUGAGGCCCGAUUACGCCUCUCUCUUGGUUGUAUUACGGCACGGGUUAACAGUCUCACCACCCAGCAGCCCAGUCACCCUUUCAGAUGGCGAGUAUACUUGCAUAAAGGCUGUCUACGAGUGUGCCAUCGCUUUCCCGAAAGAGGCCGACUUGGCCUCUGUAGACUCGGAGAUGAGCCGACUUUUUGCGACAAAUGGUUUGAUGCGUAUUAUAAAGGCUGAAAAUGGACUGACCACAGCCAGGCUUGUGGAAAAUGUAUCUCUUUCUGUAUUGGCUAUCUGUUAUAUGAGCAGAAUUGAGCAAUGCCUCGAUGUUAAGAGUUCACAACUUUUACAGGAGUUUUCG